AUGAAAUAUAAGUGGCAAGUUGGACGGAUUGUUGAUACGAUUCAAGUAAAAGAUGGAGUAUUGAGGGGAUACCAGAUCAAGACUGGGACUGGGUAUGUUGUUGAACGACCAAUACAAUUGAUCUGCGACCUAGAAAUCAAAGUAUGUAAGGAUAAUGAGCCGUCGAAGAAGAGAGAUCACAUAGAGAAUGAAAUGGUAGCCGACCAGUCGCAAGAUGUAGAGUCGAAGAAAAGACCUCAGAGAAAAGCAAAAAGUGAAAAAAGUGCAGCGAUUAACAUGAUCAAGGGUGUUUCGCUAAAUGAGUUAGAGGACUAG